CUCGGUGAGGUUCGACUGUGCUGUGUCGAUGAAGAAGGGCUGCUGCUCACUCAACCCAAACAGUAGCGUAAACACGUUGUGCAGUAGGGUAACGAAGGGACUGCAGGGAUGGAGAGAGCUCCAGAAACAGCCCGGAAAAGCACAACCAGCAUUCCCCUCCACUCAAUGCCUGGCACCGGCUCUUCAUCGGCAGCUGAGGAGAAUGAAUCAGCAGGGGUGCAUUUGUGUGAGGUCUGUGGAACGUGUUUUGAGACAAAGCGAGGACUUUCCAGUCAUUGCAGGUCUCACCUGAGGCAGCUGGGUGUGGCCGUGUCUGACAGCAGCGGCGCUCCGAUUGACCUGCUGUACGAGCUCAUCCGCGAGAGAGACGGAAAACUGCCCUAUCCCUCCCCUAAGGCCAGCUCGGACAAAACACCAACUCACAAACCCCCCAGAAAACCCAAAAUCCCCAAAUCCCUCCUGACCCCUAGCCUUAAAACCAUCCAGACUCCCACCCAUAAAACUCCCAAAGCCCCCACCCCUAAAACCCCCCAGUCUUCCACACUUAAAACCCCCAGCCCCAAAAAGGACUCCACCACCAAACUCAAGAUUAAAAUUGCCUCCCUGGUGAAGAAGUACAGUAAGUCUCCAUCUGCAGGGUCAGCCCCACUGUCACCCGGCCCCUCCCCCCCACAACUGAGCCCCAUUAAACCUGAUAAACCCCGUAAAGUGCCCACCGAGCCAAAGAGUGUUCCAGGUCCUGUAUCUCCACCUCUGUCUCCGUCUCUGUCUCUAGCUUCCUCCAAACCCAUGUGGGCUCCUCAGGAAACAGACGCUCCGCUGAACCUCACGGCGAUGACGGACCCCUCACUGAGGGACGACGUUCAUGUCUGUGAGUUGUGCGGAGCGUGGUACGAGACGAGGAAGGGCCUGUCCAGCCACGCGAGGGCUCACCUGCGGCAGUUCGGGGUGGAGAUUGACUCCAAAGGCGCCCCGAUUGACAUCCUGCAUGAGCUGCUGCUGAAGGAGGAGCAGAGCGGGAGGGUCAGCCCACUGCAGCUCGAUGACAACCCUCCCUCGUCCACUCCCCCCAGAGCUGCCCCAAAACGGCCCACGCCGUCUUCGCCGCUGCCUGAGGGGCCACACACUGCCCCUGUCUCCCCACCGCCCCUCAAAAAGAUCAAAAUCUCAGCUGCAGCGGUGGGGGCAGAGCCAGAGGAGGAGGCAUUUGGGCUGAAAGCUCAGCGGAAAGGUGAUUCGUCGAAGGACGUGAGCUGUGAGUUCUGUCAUGAGAAAUUUAAGAAGAGUCAGAGUUUAGCAAGCCACGCCCGCUCUCACCUGCGGCAGCUCGGCAUCACCGAGUGGACUGUGCACGGGUCACCCAUGGCAACGCUCAGGGACCUGAUGGCCCGCCGUGGAACAACCAGUUUACCCAAGCCUCAUGCUCCUCCCUCAAAGCACAGUGCCACACCCAUGAAACCACUUAGCUCACCCAUUAAGCCACAUGCCCCACCCACAAAAGACAGUGCCACGCCUACGAAGCCUCAUACUUCACCCACAAAGCCAUAUACUCCACCUGGACAGUCCCGUGUUCUGGAAAAGCCUGUUGCCACGCCCACAAAGCCUCUUGCCUUACCUACAAAGCCUCAUGAUCUGCCUCCAAAGCCCCUGCCCUCAACACCCACUAGUCCUCUACCUCCAUCCACAGCCCUGCCCCCACUGACUCCUGGUUCCGCCCCCAUUGCUCCAGGCUCUGCCCCUCCCCGAGUGCCCAAGGCCAGGAAAGGCUCACGGACAGUGGUGCCUAAACCGAAGGACGAGCCGGUGGAGAAGAACAUUACUGUCGUAGAACCCCCCAAACCCAAAAACACUACUACACCUUCACUGACCGCCCCAGUGUCCAGCAGCAGCCAGAGCAGCACAGUGCUGAAGCCGGAGGCCGAUCUGUCCAUGCCGGUUCGGUGUGAUUACUGCAGUGAGAUGUUUGACAGUCGUAAAGCUCUGUCCUGCCACGCCCGCGCCCACCUGCGCCAGCUUGGGGUCAGAUGGUCCCCCAACGCCUCACCCAUCGACACCCUGUAUGAGCUCAUGCUGAGGGAGGGAACGCUGCAGGGGUCAGAGGUCAAACCGGAGCCUGCAGCGGGGGCCAGUGGGUUGUGGAGGAAGGCAACCUCCUCACCUCGAACAUUCACAACUUCACCCGUAGACUUUUUUGCAGAGAAAACAGACUCGCUGGACAACAUGGCUGCAGGGUGUGAGGCUACAUGUGAUCUGUGCGGGUUUGACUUUGAGAACAGAAAAGCUCUGGCGAGUCACGCACGUGCUCAUCUCCGCCAGCAGGGGGUGGACUGGCACACUAAUGGCUCUCCCAUAGAGACACUGGCCGAGUGGAUGCAGAGAGAACCGGGCAAAGUGGCAGAGCUCCACAAACGCUACAUGAGGGGAGAACUGCCUCAGGUGGUCAAGAAGAGGAGUUCCACAUCCCCUCAUCCCUCGCUCUCUGACCCAGAGCCCGCUCGCCCUGCAACUGCACGAGAGGUCAAAGGUCAACCAUCCACUUCCUCUGCCCACAGGAAACCAUUGGCUUCGCAGCACACACCAACGCACACUGCUGCCAGAGGUUGUGAGAGGCGUCCUCCUAAGCACAUCCCCCACAGUGACAGCAGACUGGGGGCGGGGCCUCUGAAGCCACGUGUGGGGAACGCUCCCUCCCUCAUGCCCCGCCCACCGGAGAGCAGCCUGGUUAAACUGGUGGGGAAAGUUUACUCACUGAAGUGCAGGUUCUGUGAGGAGGUGUUUAAAGGUCCUCUCUCGGUUCAGGAGGAUUGGCUGAUUCACCUGCGGCAGCACAUCCUCAACCUCAAACGGGACUCCGCCCCUAACUCCGCCCCUAUAACACAGAGCCCCGCCCCCACAAUCCAGCACUCAGACACGGCGCAGCUUAUUGGCCCGCAGGUCAUUUAAGGGGCAGGAACUGCUCGUUACCAUAGCAGUGUGGUAAGGACUGCUUUACUGCUCCCCCUCAGGAAGCUUCAGCUGUGAGCUUUACACUGAGUCUAAAUUCUCAUCUUUUUAGCUGAAACUACUUUUUACAGGUUUUUACAGUUGGUUUUGGGAGACUCACUGAAGAGCUGAAUGUAUUUUACUGUCUGGAUUCUGGAUUUUGUGUUUUUACCUUUCAUUUUUUUAAUUAGGGUUUAUUUUUAGAUUUUUUACAUGCUGUUUUUAUACUGGUAUAAAGGGAACAGAACUCUCUCAUA